AUUCAUAGAAGUCCACCGUUCCGGAAAGGCAAUAGUUACUAGAAGGAAACGGAACAAAACGAUGGCGGGCAAUUUCUGGCAAAGUUCACAUCAUCAACAAUGGAUACUGGACAAACAGGACCUCAUCCGGGAGCGGCAACACGAUCUGAAGACGCUCAGCGAGGAGGAGUACCAGAAAGUAUUUAUGUUUUUCGCCAACAUCAUCCAGGUGUUGGGCGAGCAGCUUAAAUUGCGCCAGCAGGUGAUUGCGACAGCGACCGUGUACUUCAAGCGCUUCUACGCCCGCAAUUCGCUCAAGUGUAUCGAUCCGCUGCUGCUGGCCCCAACCUGCAUACUGCUCGCGUCAAAGGUCGAAGAGUUUGGAGUGAUUUCCAACUCGCGCCUCAUAACCACAUGCCAGACGGUAAUCAAGAACAAGUUCGGGUACGCGUACCAACAGGAGUUUCCGUACCGCACCAAUCACAUCCUGGAGUGCGAGUUCUACCUACUGGAGAAUCUGGACUGCUGCCUGAUUGUGUACCAACCGUAUCGGCCCCUAUUGCAGCUGAUGCAGGAUAUAGGACAGGAGGAGCAACUGCUUACGCUUACAUGGCGACUUAUUAACGAUUCGCUGCGCACGGACGUCAGCCUUCUGUAUCCUCCGUAUCAGAUCGCCAUCGGGUGCUUGCAGAUCGCGUGCGUCGUACUGCAGAAGGAGCUGAAAUCGUGGUUUGCCGAGCUGAACGUGGACAUGGAUAAAGUGCAGGAGAUCGCCAGGGCGAUCGUUAACCUUUUCGAGCUGUGGAAAGGCUAUGACGAGAAGAAGGAAAUUCAGGCAUUGCUAGAAAAGAUGCCCAAGCCCAAACCCGCCCCCCAGCGGUGAUUCAUUCCGGUGGAGUUGUCCUUCGACGACGAAUUUAUUCGCAUUUUCGAAUGUCUCGUGAAGCGGCAAACGGUGAUCUAGUGGAUUGUGGCACAUUCCACCGUUCCUUCCAUCUGUAGCAGAACUGACUCGUCAUGUAACUCGCUAGUUUGUAGAUUCAAAUGUGAUUCUGU